CCCCCUCUCUCUCUCUCUCUCUCUCUGUGUCUAACCCGAUCCAGGAAGCGAACCCGGAGUGGAAGGUGUCGGGCGGAAUGGACGAGCGAUCGGAGACGACGGCGGUCGACGGUGAGGAGGACGAUCUGCUUCUCCAGCUACGCCGCCUCGAGAUUUCCGACAACGCCAAGGGUUUUGUCGAGCUACUAUCUCAGCUCAGCACUGCCACCGCCCCCCUCUCCGACGCGGACUUCCGCGCCCGCUUCGCUGACCUCGCCGCCCUCGGUGACGACCACCUCAUCGUCGUCGCCGAGGACCGCCACGCCGGCCGGAUCGUCGCUACCGGCAGCGUCUUUAUUGAGCGCAAGUUCGUCCACGGUGGCGGCAAGGUCGGCCACAUCGAGGACGUCGUCGUCGACGCCGCCGCCCGCCGCCGCCGCCUUGGGCAGCGGGUGGUUCGUUACCUUUCGAACCACGCGAAGGCCGCUGGCUGCUACAAGGUCAUCCUCGAUUGCACGCCCGAUCUGAGGUCGUUCUACGAGAAGUGCGGGUUCACAGAGAAGACCAUCCAGAUGGCCCUCUACUUCUGAUCGAUGAACGAACCCAUCGUCUACUUCGUUUCUUAGGGGAACGAGCAAAUAUGUGCAAUUGUUGGGGUGCCUCCGUGCGCAGUUGCCAUCUGUAUUGGCAAUUAAGACGAGAAUUCGAGGAUCGUGCGCUAUCUCGUCGGAGCCUUCGCACGUCACCAUCGAACCGUUGGGCUGUC